UCUUUUCGCAGUUAUGGACUCUGGUGAACUGCGGUAUAUACAUAUAUAUGUUCUACAUUCAUUAUUCAUACAUGCAUGCUUAUCUGUAAACAGGAAUAUAAAACGUAAAUGUUGUCAUAACAACAAAAUAUUUCAAUAAAACCUAAAGACUUUUGAGAGAUCCUACACACGGACCGCAUUCGAUUUCCAUAACACGCUAGCGAACAGACGCAAUUCAAAAGCAUCCCUGAUUUUAGAAGCAGAACACAGUAAAAAAAAGCGGCAAUUCUAUUUUUUGUUUCUAAUAAGCUAUUGGCAUCAUGGCAAGCGAACGAUUAGAUUUUGUGAUAUUUGGAGCAACUGGAUUUACUGGAAAAUAUGCUGUCAAAGUGGCAGCACAAUUGGCUAAAGAAAAACAGUUGAAAUUUGGAGUUUCUGGACGUCGAAAGGAAGCUUUGGAAGCAAUUGUUAAAGAGUUUGCUUCUGAUAUUGAAAAUGUACCCAUAAUAAUUGCUGAUUUACAACAUGAAGAGUCAUUGAAGAAAAUGACAGAGCAAGCUAAAGUGCUUGUUAAUUGUUGUGGUCCAUAUAGAUUUUAUGGAGAACCAGUUAUUAAAGCGUGUAUUGCAACGCGUACUCAUCAAGUUGAUGUUAGUGGUGAACCACAGUACAUAGAGAGUAUGCGUUUGAAAUAUCAUAAGGAAGCUGAAGAAGCUGGUAUAUACAUCAUAAGUUCUUGUGGAUUUGAAAGUAUACCUUGUGAUCUUGGUAUCAUUUUUACGCAACAAAAGUUUAAAGGCGAAGUUAAUUCUAUUGAAGUCUAUCUAAAGACGUGGACGGCUACAAAGGUUACGGGUGCCAUUCUACAUUAUGGAACUUACGAAUCGUUGGUUUACGGUGUAGCCAAUUAUAACGAGUUACGUAACUUACGUAGUAAACUUUAUCCUGAAAAGUUACCGACGUUUUUGCCAAAGCUUAAAACAAGAUGUUUCAUACAUAGAUCGUCUGUUUCAAAGGGUUGGUCUAUGAUAUUUCCCGGCUCUGAUCGUUCUGUAGCUUCAUACACUCAACGAUUUUUAUAUGAAAAAUAUAAACAAAGGCCCGCGCAAAUUCAAACAUAUGUUACAUUUAAAUCUUUCUUUGAAGUGCUGGCAGUUCUCUUCUUAGGUCUAGUUUUUCUACUGCUAUCUAAAUUUGUAUUUGGUCGUAAUUUAUUGUUGAAGUAUCCUGGAUUCUUUUCUUGUGGAUAUGUAAGCCGUGAUGGAGGUAAACCAGAGGUACUGGAGAGUGUUCAUUUUUGUCUUACAUUUAAAGCAGAAGGUUGGACUGAAAAAUUAGCCGAACCUACAGACGUACAUAAAAAAGCACCAAAUCAAACAUUAAUUACACAAGUCAAGGGUAAAGAUCCUGGAUAUGGUGCUACAUGUGUUAUGUUAUUGCUUUCUACUAUAACAAUUCUCAAGGAGUCUGAUCAAAUGCCUAAAAAUGGUGGUGUUUUGUCUCCUGGUGCUGCAUUUAGUAAGACAUCAUUGAUCGAAGAAUUAAAUAAGAAGGAUGUAAGAUUCGAAGUUGUUUCUUGCAGUGAAUAUUCAUAAAAUCUUAAGAAUGGUAUUUUGUCUCCUGAUGCUGCAUUUGGUAAGACAUCAUUGAUUAAAAAAUUAAUUAAGAAGGACCUAAGAUUCGAAGUUGUUUCUUGAAACGAGUACUCAAAAAGUCUUUGAUAUAUUCUUACUUAUAAUACUGUUCUCCUAAACUAAUAUAGAACUGUGAGAAUAUGGUGUUUUGCAUUCAUUACUUUGUAAGUACAGUUUAAAUUGAUACUGAUGUUUUCAAUUUUGUAUGUAAUAUUGACUCCAAAGAUAAAUAUUUUUUAUAGAAAUAUUUUUAUCCGUAUAGAUGCAUUUAAAAAAGUUACGAAAGGUUCAUAUUUUUUUAAGUAAUGUCAGAAACUGAUAAAUAGGAAUAAUGGACUUAAUUUUAUAUGUUGUUUCAACAUAACUACCGAUUCAAUUUUGAUUGAAUAUAUAAGUAAAUGAGGUAUAUUAUUGAGUACCAAACGCCAAAGCAAAAGAAAGUUAUUUAUGAAAUUAAUUUAUACAGAGUGCUUCUGAAAAUUAGGUAUGAAUGGGUUCAUGAUGGUUCUUCAUAAAAAGAUAGCAAAAUAUAGAAUAAUAUUUUUUCGUUUGAGACUUAGUUUUCAAAAAUAUUGAGUGUAAAAAUCCGUUCCGUAGCAGAAAAAUUGCCGUUGCAGGUAUCUAAAGCCUUGAUCAUAUCAAGGUAUUUCUUAUUUGUAUAUCUCGUCGUAGUAAUUAUUCGAGAAAAACUGACAGUUCAUAUAAAUGAAACAUUAGUGGAAGUCGCGUAGGCAUUGUAUACAACCACAUUGUAGACACUCGAUUUUCUCGAAAAGUAAUCCUCAAUCAAACAAAUAUUAUUCCACAUUUUUUUCUUACACUUUGUGGAAUCACCACGUCCUCCCUUGUACAUAAUUUCCAGAGGCGCACCCUAUUCAUUUCAUUGUGAGUGUAUUUUCUGUUCCAUUUUAAUUUUCUUUCUUAUAGUUAUAAGAAUUCGCUACUUUGCACAAAUAACUCUUUUUCUAACAAUAAUGAGAUAAAAUGCUAAGUUAACAUGUUAUGGCAGAAGGUGAAAAAAAAA